AGCGGCCCGCGCGCGUUUUGCGACAGGCGACGGAGGAACGUGUGGCCUUUGCAGGCUCGCUUUUCCGCGGGUGGCUGCUUGAGGCGCGCGGCUGCUGGCGUCAGUUCCUCUUGUUCUUCAUUGCGACUCCCGGCUCCCGAUCACAGUGGCGGCUCGUCUGUGGCGAGAGAGCGGGGCCGGGCCAGGCUCUGGCCUGCCCCGCAAGGUGACCUUGGUCGAGUCCCCUGUCGCGCCGCGUGUCUUGGCGCACGUCUUUGGUGCGGGCCUGUUAGGGACAGGGCUCUGGAGCGAUUGAGAAUACAGACCUAGAGCGGCCCCGCAGGCUGCCCCGUGGCUGGGGAACGGCCAGGCCGCGGGGGGCGGUAGGGAGGAGAUGCCCCUACAUGUUAAAUGGCCAUUCCCCGCCGUGCCGCGGUUCACCUGGACCCUGGCCAGCAGCAUCGUCAUGGGCCUGGUGGGCACCUACAGCUGCUUCUGGACCAGUGAGUGGGCUUGGCUGGGGGAAGUCCUGGGCUCCAGAGGAGAAGGAGGCCAAGACCCCCACACUCUUUCUCUCCCCCCAGAGUACAUGAACCACCUUACCGUCCACAACAAGGAGGUGCUGUAUGAGCUCAUCGAGAACCGAGGCCCAGCCACCCCUCUCAUCACUGUCUCCAAUCACCAGUCCUGCAUGGAUGAUCCUCAUCUCUGGGGGAUCCUGAAACUUCGCCACAUCUGGAACCUGAAGUUGAUGCGUUGGACCCCCGCAGCUGCAGACAUCUGUUUCACCAAGGAGCUGCACUCUCACUUUUUCAGCUUGGGCAAGUGUGUGCCGGUAUGCCGAGGAGAUGGUGUUUACCAGAAGGGAAUGGACUUUAUUUUGGAGAAGCUCAACCACGGGGACUGGGUGCACAUCUUCCCAGAAGGAAAAGUGAACAUGAGCUCCGAGUUCCUGCGCUUCAAGUGGGGAAUCGGGCGCCUGAUUGCCGAGUGUCAUCUCAACCCGGUCAUCCUGCCGCUGUGGCAUGUCGGAAUGAACGACGUCCUUCCUAACAACCCACCAUACUUCCCACGCUUUGGACAGAAAAUCACCGUGCUGAUAGGAAAGCCCUUCAGUGUCCUGCCCGUGCUCGAGCGGCUCCGGGCAGAGAAUAAGUCCACUGUGGAGAUGCGCAAGGCCCUGACUGACUUCAUUCAGGAGGAAUUCCAGUGCCUGAAGACCCAGGCAGAGCAGCUCCACAACCACCUGCAGCCUGGGAGAUAGGCACUGCCCUGCCCAGACCCUGCCCUGGCUGCCUCAUGGUCCUAUGACACGCGCCCCUGAGGCCUGCAGAAGAGGCAGCUCUGGGACCCAGUCCCCAGCUGCCAGGCUCCCAGUACUACCUUUCGGUUCUUGCCCCUGCACACAGCUAGGGCUGGGAAAUGGACUGAUGCUGUGAGUUCAGAUAGGGUUUUUUAGACAGAUUUCUUCGUAACCCUUAAACAGUGCCCUCUCCUAGUUGGUGAGCAUUCCAGCUCCUCUGUGGUUCUUCAGUUGAAGGAAGGGUCACAGCUGCUCCUUCCUCUUGGCCAGAAAGAGAGGAAGAAGUUUAGGUAGUGGCCUCCUUCCUUCUUGCCUUCCUGUGUUCUCUCCCAGCGCUGGCCUCUGGAGGGAGGGUAGUUGAAGUGAGGUGGAUGACUAGGCUGGAGCUUGGGGGAGGACCCACAAGGCUGUUGGCCUGGAGCUGCUCACCACCUCAUCAGGGAUGGCCUUUAGCCACCGCUUCCUUCUGCCUGACCCUCCCAGAGGCCUGGGAGCCUCGGGCAGGGCCCAGCCCUGGGCUGCAGGCAAAAUUCAGCCCUUUGCCAGAGUGGAGCCUGCAGCCAUAAGGGCCUGAGACCUGGCCACUUCUCCCAUGCUGGGGCCCACUGAUUCUCCGUCAUUUCUGUGUCCCCGGCAUCACUCCUGGAGUUGGGUUUCCAUGUUUUGUAAACAAUAAAGCAUCUGUGUUGUGCUGUUUUA